AUGUUAGCAGGAGAAAAUGAAGUAAAUGUGUCAAAAGUAGAUCAAUCGAAAUCGGACAAAUCCGAUAUUUUGCUAGAGUUAAAAGAGCAACGUGAUGUAGUUAUCGAAAAGCUGAGUAGGUUUAUAAAUUUCAUUAAACGAGCCAACGAAUCCGAUUUAUUAGAAUUAGAAUCACGUCUAGACCACGUAUCGAGUAUUUUCAACCAUUUCGAACAAGUUCAGUCACGAAUAGAAUCGCUAGAAAAGUGUACAACUAAUUCAGAAUAUCGUGAAACAUUCGAAAACAGCUUCUUCAAAGCACAAGCCAGCGCUAAAAAUAAAAUUGUAGAGUUUCACAGCAACAUACAAGCCAGAAUAACAGCUAGUCAUAAUGUAGCUAGUCAAAAUAAUUUGUUCAACAAUAGUGUUACUGCAUUAGUUGACCAGAAUCAGCAGUUAUCUCAAGUAGAAAAGUUGUAUUAUUUACAGGGCCGACUUAGGGGUGAGGCAGAAAAAUUAAUUCAGCAACUUGAGUUGACAGAUGAGAAUUAUUUAGUAGCUUUACGUAUAUUGCGAGAACGAUUUGAAAACAAAAAAAUUAUUAUAGACAAACAUGUAGAAGAAUUAUUUAACAUGCCAGUAAUUACUAAGGAAUCACCUCCGUUUUUAAGAAAUUUAAUUGACACAUUCAAACAACUAAUUACUUCACUAAAAGCUCUAGGUGAACCAACUGAUUCGUGGGAUCGCCUAUUAAAUCAACUAUUAAAAAUUAAACUAGACGCACGCACUAGGGAACGUUGGCAUGAACAUUUACAUUUACAAAAUAAAAGAGAACCUCCACCAUUGUCAGAAUUUCUCGACUUUUUAGUAAAUCGUUGUGAAUAUUUAGAAAGCAAAGAAAAAACUGAUAAUCAGCAAACCAUAGGUGAUCAUAGGUCAGAUUCUUGCACUCGUGGAACCUGCAAGGUUUGUCAAAAGAAACAUAACACACUAAUUCAUCGAGACAAUAUUCAACAUCAUGAUACACAAAACCAACUAGCUAAACAUGACAACAUUCAAACACAAAAUCACAGCAAUCCUUCAUUAGCCACAAACACACAUUUGGCAAUUGAAAAUAAACAAAACACAGCCGCACCUCGAGAAACUAUCCAACUCUCAUCAAUCACACAUCAUCUAAAUAAUAAAAAACAAAAUGUUCUUCUUAGUACAGCGGCUGUAUUCCUCAAAGACAAAUCAGGCAAUUUAACCAAAGCACGUGCAUUGUUAGACUCGGGUUCUCAAUCAAAUCUAAUAACCUCUGACCUUGCGCGAUUAUUAAAUAUCGGUACUACCAAAAUAAACUUACCAGUGAUCGGUGUUAAUCAGGCUACUACUAAUAUCACAGAGCAAUUAAAUAUUGAUAUAAUUUCAAGAGAAAACAAUUCUUUUCAACAAAAUGCUACAUUUUUAGUUAUAAACCAAAUAGCGGGUAAUAUUCCAAACUUCAAAAUCGAUUGUCAACAUUUAAAUAUACCGAAACACAUUACUCUUGCGGAUCCUGAAUUCGAUAAAUCCGCCAAACUGGAUAUUCUCUUAGGCGCAGGUGUCUUUUGGGAUAUUUUAGCGGAUGGGCAAUUUAAGCUCGGCGACGGUAAACCGAUACUUCAGAAAACAUUAUUUGGAUGGGUCAUAUCGGGACCCAUAUAUCAAAAUUGUUCAAUUCAAAAUAACAGUAGUAUUACCAUAUCAUGUAAUUUAAUCACAACUAUGCUUGAAAACGCAAUUGAGAAAUUUUGGAAAAUCGAGGAAUACCAAGACGAUAACAAAACCAAACGGACGAUCGAAGAAAAACAAUGCGAAGAACAUUUCCUAAAAACAAUUCAGCGGACCGAAACUGGCAGAUUUCGUGCAACGUUGCCAGUUCGCGAAGGUGUAGGCGAUUUGGGGAAUUCGAAGAUGAAUGCGAUUAAAAGGUUUCACAAAUUAGAAAGUAAACUGAUCAAUGACACAGUCAUACGUCAACAAUAUUCGGAGUUCAUGAGGGAAUAUGACAAACUCGGGCACAUGACCAAGGUGCCGACGUGGGCAACGGAAGUGGAUGGAAAGGGAGUUUUUUACCUACCACAUCAUGGUGUCGUGAAGGAUAGGCAACCACUAAACUACGAGUGGUGGUGCAUCCGCCAAAACAGGAAACGGUAUUUCAUUGAAUGA